AUGAAUUAAAAUGAUUUAAAAAUUGUCUAUAAUCUUUCUUUCAUUUAAUUAUUUGUUAUAAGGAAUUCAGAAAUUUCAAAAAAGGUGUUUGUGGGCUUGUUUGUAGUUAAAAUGAAUGUAAAAGCUCUUAUGUUUUAUUUAGGAGAAUGAUUUGUGUAUUUUAAAUCCCAGUCAACGAUACAAUACAGAAAUGAUACUUAGAAACCAUGCAAAUAUUAAGUAUAAGAAGAUUGUCAAGAAUAAGAGUAUUAUGGCUUUUAUAUUGGUUAAUGUAUUGACUUGA